ACGAGUCCCCGCAUAACACAAGUCAAACAGCUGAUGCAAUCAGCUGAUGCUGCUUUAUGGAUAAACACUGAAAAAAAUCUUAUGAAAAAUAAUUGAAAAAAUAAAUUACUACAUACUUGUAUCUGAGGAAUUGUACGGAAAAGAUAUAGUUAACGCGUAUUAUCAUUAUGGUCGAAGCAGUUGGAUGUGGUGAGUUGCAACAGUUGGUUCAGGAAGAAGAAUGUGAAGAACCACUCAGUCAUGGAGGAGAAGCUACUCCUCCCUCAACACCAGCCAGAUCUCACCGUCCAAGUAAAAAUGAGGCACAGAACUCCAAUGUAUCGCAACAGAUAUUAUGGGAAAGUAACACACAAAUAUCACCAAUCGUUAGUAAAGGUAGCUCUGGCCAAGCAACCAGUCAAGGUUCUAUGGUUUCUGGUCGAGCUGCCAAUACCUCAGGUCAUACUUGCAAUCAAUCCCGUUUGACAUAUCUCAAUGAGAAAGAGAAACAAAGACCCAAUCGACCAGAUCCACCAAAAAUUGCUCGACAGCACAAAGCUGUGGUGCCAUGCAAACACCAUUGCUUUUUGUCAGAGGUGCCCGAUGUUCGUCAUAUGGAGCAAGCUUUGCUGCAGUUGUUGGAAGAUUUUCACAGUGGCAAUUUAAGAGCAUUUGGAAAGGAUUGUAGCAUGGAGCAAAUGACGGAAAUACGAGAACAGCAAGAGCGUUUGGCCAGACUGCACUUUGAGCUAGGUCAACGGCAGGAAGUAGGUGGAGAACAGUCAGGCCUUCGGCAAUCAAGCGCUAAUAUGCGAAAUUUGCUUCAACGUCUCCAGCAAUUGAGUUUUUGUAUAGAAAAAUUACAUAGUAAAUAACCAUUGUCUCAUAAUAUACCAUAUAUUGUUACAAGUUCUUAUAAUGUUAUUUAUAUUCAUGGUUAUAUAAUAUUUAUACAAUUAUACAGUUUUCAUAAAAAAUA